GCAGGCAGCAGUUCACCUCGUGACUUCCCAAAUGUUACACUUCACUUUCGCCCUCUUUCAUCACCGCCUGCAGCUUUGACAGCAAAGCUUCAUAAUGAACGCCUUGCUUUUGUUUGCUUUGGUGUCCGCAGCUUCAGCUUUUUAUCUUUCUGAACAAGAUGAGUUUCACUUCAAGUCAUGGAUGGCACAGCAAAACAAAGUGUACAGCUUGAAGGAAUACUAUGAGAGACUCCAGAUAUUCACUGAGAACAAGAGGAGGAUUGACAAACACAAUGAAGGAAAUCACUCUUUCACAAUGGGGCUGAACCAGUUUUCAGACAUGACAUUCAGUGAAUUUCGGAAGUCUUUCCUCUGGUCUGAGCCACAGAACUGCUCUGCCACAAGAGGGAACUACCUCAGUAGCAACGGACCAUAUCCAGACUCCAUUGACUGGAGGAAUAAAGGGAAUUAUGUGACAGAUGUGAAGAAUCAGGGAGGUUGUGGCAGUUGCUGGACAUUUUCAACAACCGGCUGUUUGGAGUCUGUUACCGCUAUCACCCAUGGGAAACUCGUACCACUGUCAGAACAACAGCUGGUGGACUGUGCCCAGGACUUCAACAACCAUGGAUGUAAUGGCGGUCUUCCAAGUCAAGCUUUUGAAUACAUCAUGUACAGUAAGGGACUGAUGGCAGAGACGGACUACCCAUACACAGCUAUUGAAGGUGUUUGCAAGUAUGACCCAAAAGCGGCAAUCGCUUAUGUGAGAGAGGUGAUGAACAUAACUGCAUACGAUGAGAUGGGAAUGGUUGAUGCUGUCGCCACACGAAAUCCUGUCAGCUUUGCCUUUGAAGUGACCCCGGACUUCAUGCAUUACCACCAGGGCGUAUACACCAGCACCAAAUGCGACAACACCACAGACAAGGUUAACCAUGCAGUGCUAGCAGUCGGGUAUGGAAAGGACAAUGGCAGCCCUUACUGGAUAGUAAAGAACUCAUGGUCAUCCGACUGGGGGAUUAAUGGAUAUUUUCUCAUUGAACGUGGGAAGAAUAUGUGUGGACUUGCUGCCUGCUCAUCUUUCCCAGUGUUGUGAUUUCUGCAUCAUCGCAAAAUACAAAAGGACUGAAAAGGGAACGGAAUUCAACUACUUUUUAAAAUUGUUGUUAUAUAUGGUAAUUUUUAUAGAAUCAGCAGCCUGAAUUGCUUUCAUGUAGGGUGGGUCUUUUCACAAUGAAGCAAGUCUCAGCAUCCAGUAAAACACCAUGACAGAUCAAUACAUAUCAGUUUAUCACUUAAGAACCAAUGAUUCAAUUUACAAAUAAAAUCUUUUAAAUCUG